AUGAUGUGGCGAUCUCUUCCAACCCUCCGUCCAUCGGUUCUGUAUGUCGGGGGUGAGAAGGCUGAGCUCACAUGCUGGGGAAUCUUGGAACAAGCUGCUAAGUUCACAGGAACAGGUACUGGGGGAAGUGGUGGUAUGGAAGCUGGGAGGGUCAAAAAUGUCCUCAUUCCCAAGGUGUUUCACACCGUAGUGCUGAAGAAGGUUGCAGAUACUGCAGCGGUGCUUGCUCCCUGGAUCUUGACCGAGUUGGAAGGAUGGAAGCAGGACGAGCGACGCAUUGAAGAGAACUGGGAGGGACUUCCUUCUCAUGAGAAGUCUAGACCAUCUAGCAAAUGGUAUGCACAGUUCUUUGAGGCUGAUAAAAGGCAGGUAGGUCGUGGAAUAGAUAUCGCAAAGUCCAGACUUUGA